AUGUCAAGUCAUCUCGUCACACAGGGUCCGGUUCACAAUCGUUGCAAGACAUUGUGUUCAAGUUUGAUCCAUGCACAUGUGUAUUGUGCUAGUCAAUUUGGCUUACAUGUUCGCGGGAAUGGUCAGGGACAUCCUGGGCUCAAGUACCGCAAGAAAUUGCAGGAGCUGCUAAGUGCAACCACGCACAGCCGAGGUUUGCGCUCUACCCAAGUUUGCGGUCCAGUGUUUAUUUUGGACAGACGUGCUGCGUCGAAAGAUGCGCGUACAUCUGCCAAGUUGCUCAGGAUAUGCUGCGCUGCCGAAAAGAAUUGCCCUGAGAAGUUGGAGCGUCUACGACUUGAGAACUUCCCAGGCUACCCUCCUGACAGCCCGCCAGUGCCGCGAUUCUUCAAGUCCAAGGAGUCGAAGGUCGUGAAGGCGGUGAAGAGAGAGGAGACCCUCGAGUCCGUCAGCCAGGGCAGCACAGCCGCGAGUCGAGGAUUCUUCGCCAACUAUUCCGACGAUGAGAAUUCAGAGCCGGAUUUGAGCUCGAACGCCUUGAGCUUGCGUGGACCCCCAGGACUUUGUCAGCAAGCGCCACCAGUUACGGCUGCACCGUCGUUGGAGUCAUCGGCAAGCCAUGCAAGCCCAACCAGUCCGAACUCGGGACGUGAGAUUUUCCGGCGUCUCCAAGAGCUGGAGACUUUGAAGGCGGCGCUGUCGCAGUUGGAGGCGGAGGAGAGGAUUGCGAUUGCUCAAGCCAACGCACGGCCAGACCCGGCGUGGGAUCCCAGUAUUUGGUUCAGCCCUCACCUGACUCAGAACCCGGCCGUACUUGGGAUGGAAGGGGCAGAAGCGAGCGGUGUGAAGGGCUCUCAUGGCGAGAAUGCCAGCGUCGAUGUUGAGUUCUCAAGCGGCUGUGCGGCGAUGUUGCGGGCUCCGGAGCCAAGCGGUCUGGGUCGUUCUUGGCCUCCAGCGGCUCCCUUGAGCCAUAGCCAGAGCUUCCAGCCGUCCCUCCUGUCCACGGUUGCAAAUCCCAGCUUCCAAGACUUGCAAAUUCCGCCCUUGCUCGGGCCCUCUCUGAGUGGAGCCGUUCCUGCAGCUCAGGCUUUCGUCUCAGGGCGAGCCGACCCCGACCCAGCCCCCAUCAGCCCAACCGACCUAGCCACACACCGGAAGCAGGCUCCGGCAGAAUUCGCGGUCCAGAAAGGCAUCAAUCAGGAGUUGCUCGCCGCCUCUGCCACCGAAGACGAGGGUUGUGCUUUGCAGGUCCUCGCCGUUGCCUCCAAGUAUGUGGACCAGAUGAACGGCGUGAACCUGUCGACGGCGAUCCAUCGCAUCGCCCGCGCCUGUCAGCGCUUUAAGAACUCCGCCGAGCAGGCUCCGAGCUUCGUGUCCCUCGUCGUGGCGGCAGAGCGCAUGGUCCUACAGGAGCUGGAGCAUCGGGAUUCACAGAUGCCAGUGAAGUGCUGCACCAUCAUCGCUUGGUCCUGCGCCAGCCUCCGUGUCUUCCGGAAUUCUCUUUUCAAGGCCCUUGCUCGGCUGGCAACAGUGUCCCUCGAGCAGUGCCAGUCCUACGAGAUGACGAAUAUCAUGUGGGCCUUUGGGGAGCUCUGCAAGAGCCGUCGGCAGCUGAGCAAAGAUUUGAAGGAAGACCUCCGCAACCUCUUGGAGGCGACGUGCAGUGUCUUCAUCGCCAGGCCCAUUGGAUGGAAGCUCCAGGUGCUCAUGUCUGCCCUCGUUUCCUUGACCAUCCUCCCUUGGCAGCCCUGCAGCCAGCGCCUCUUCACAGACAUAGCCAGAGAGGUGGCCGGUCGCCAGCAGGAGCUUGCCAAUGAGAAGACCAAACCAUUGGCCAUGGCCUUCCAUGAGCUCCGCACCAAGAAGCCCCAGGCCUUCAAGGAGAUCAUGAUGGCCUUGCAGGACUUCCCCGACUUCGUCGCACAUCCCUCGCUGCGGGGCAACCGCUCCGAAGACGUAACGGCCGAAGCCGGGAUCCUGCGGCUAGUCUACGCAGCGCGGUGCGCAGAUGUGAUCGUAGGAUACUCGGAGAUGCGACUUGCCGUGUUGCACUGUCCUGGAUUUCUGAAGCUUCAGGGCUUCAUUUAUUCCAGCCCACUGAAAACAUGUCAGAAGCAUGCUCUCGGUGGUCAGAAGGGCGCUGCCGAAAAGAAUUGCCCUGAGAAGUUGGAGCGUCUACGACUUGAGAACUUGCCAGUGGGCUACCCUCCUGACAGCCCGCCAGUGCCGCGAUUCUUCAAGUCCAAGGAGUCGAAGGUCGUGAAGGCGGUGAAGAGAGAGGAGACCCUCGAGUCCGUCAGCCAGGGCAGCACAGCCGCGAGUCGAGGAUUCUUCGCCAACUAUUCCGACGAUGAGAAUUCAGAGCCGGAUUUGAGCUCGAACGCCUUGAGCUUGCGUGGACCCCCAGGACUUUGUCAGCAAGCGCCACCAGUUACGGCUGCACCGUCGUUGGAGUCAUCGGCAAGCCAUGCAAGCCCAACCAGUCCGAACUCGGGACGUGAGAUUUUCCGGCGUCUCCAAGAGCUGGAGACUUUGAAGGCGGCGCUGUCGCAGUUGGAGGCGGAGGAGAGGAUUGCGAUUGCUCAAGCCAACGCACGGCCAGACCCGGCGUGGGAUCCCAGCGUUUGGAAGUGA